UUCUUCUUGAUUUCUUUUUCUUUUUCUUUUUCUUUUUCUUUUCUUUUUUUCCCCAUUCUUUUAUAUAUCAUUCUUUAUUCUUUUCUUCCUUUUAUAACAUCUUCUCAUUCUCAUAGUUACUCACUUCUGGUACUGCUUACGAUCGUUAAGCUACAAUACCUUACUACUUACUGUCCAGCUUAGAAAAUAUCUAUCGGACACUCGCUUCCCAAUUUUACUUGACUCGACUAUCAAAAACCCAUCUAUACAACCAACAUAUAUCGUCUUCUCUCCUCCCUAAUCAAUAAAUACAAUAUUAACACCGGAAACCAAACCCAACCCCCAAACCGAGAAGAGAUAGACAUAUAGCAUAGCAUAGCGUACAGCUUAGCCAAAUAUCCAUAUACAUCACAUCAUCCGCCUCUCGAGCUUCAGACAAACAAUACACCGGCAAACGGUAAACGAUAAACGACAAUCUCGUCCAUCGAACGGAUUAGAGAGAGCCAGAAGUACCCGUUGAAUAGCAAAUAUCAAACAAAGGUCAUAUAAACAAAACACAACUCGAUUUUCAAUAAUUGUUCACUUCCACCCCCGAACCAAACAAGGCAUCCUCCUCUCUCUUCUUCCCCCCAACCCGGGAAAUAUAUAAAAAACAAUAGGGGAAAAAAAGGAAGAGGAAAGAAGCAUUAAAAAAAAACAUAACAUAACAUAACAUAACAUAAACCAAUGCCGGCCACCAUGUCCCAAUCCUACCAACAUAUCCUCUCCCCAAUCCCCUCAAAGUCCACCCUCGUCAAGGGCACAGGCACAGACACAGACGGCACCACCACCACCACCGGCGCCACCAGCACAACCAAAACCACCAACAACAUCAACGGCAUAAACGCAUCAACCUUCAUCCAAGAGAUCUCCCGCGCCAUGCAAGCCUCGUCCUCGCAGCAACCCAAGUACGCCGCGUACCCGUACCUGAUGGACGAUGGGGUUGAACAUCCGCCUCCGCCGCCCCCGUCGCCCGUGGGGUGGUCGAGGUCUUGAAUUGAUAAAUCGGAUUUGCUUUUGGGGGGACAAGAGGGGCGUGUUUUGUUUUUUUUUUUUUUUUCUUUCUUUUCUUUUCCUUUCUUUUUUCUUUUUCUUUUUCUUUUUUUUCCCUCAUUUCAUUUCUUUUUGUUGUUUUCCCUGUUUUAAUCUCUUUUCUUUUCAUUCCCCCCCCCCCCCCCCCUUUUUUUUUUUUUUUUUUCUCCUUUGUUUGAUCAUACCGAUUGGGAUUUUAAGGCGUAUGUAUUCUUUUAUUUUGCUGUUCUUUGC